GAUGAAGAAGCAGGGCCAUGCCAGAGCCACCCUCAGGAACCCCCUGAGCCUGUGCCUCUGUCACUACCCACAGGAGCCCAGACACCAGCCCUCACCAUGGGCAGCAAGGAGCGUUUUCACUGGCAGAGUCACAAUGUGAAGCAGAGCGGAGUGGACGACAUGGUGCUGCUGCCCCAGAUCACGGAGGACGCCAUUGUGAGCAAUCUCCGCAAGCGCUUCAUGGAUGACUACAUCUUCACAUAUAUCGGCUCUGUGCUUAUCUCUGUAAACCCCUUCAAGCAAAUGCCCUACUUCACUGACCGAGAAAUUGACCUCUACCAGGGUGCGGCCCAGUAUGAGAAUCCCCCCCAUAUCUACGCCCUCACUGACAACAUGUACCGGAAUAUGCUGAUCGACUGUGAGAACCAGUGUGUCAUUAUCAGCGGGGAGAGCGGAGCUGGGAAGACAGUGGCUGCUAAGUACAUCAUGGGUUACAUCUCCAAGGUGUCUGGCGGGGGUGACAAGGUCCAGCACGUCAAAGACAUAAUCCUCCAGUCAAACCCACUGCUGGAGGCCUUCGGCAAUGCCAAGACGGUGCGCAACAACAAUUCCAGCCGCUUCGGCAAGUACUUUGAGAUCCAGUUCAGCCGAGGCGGGGAACCAGAUGGAGGCAAGAUCUCCAACUUCCUGCUGGAGAAGUCUCGUGUGGUCAUGCAGAAUGAGAAUGAGAGGAAUUUUCACAUCUACUACCAGCUUCUGGAAGGGGCCUCCCAGGAGCAGCAGCAGAACCUAGGGCUCAUGACACCAGACUACUAUUACUACCUAAACCAAUCAGACACCUACAAGGUGGAAGGCACUGAUGACCGGAGCGACUUCAGCGAGACCCUGAACGCCAUGCAAGUCAUUGGGAUUCCAGCCAGUGUGCAGCAGCUCGUCCUGCAGCUUGUGGCAGGGAUCCUGCACCUGGGGAACAUCAGCUUCUGUGAAGAAGGGAACUAUGCCCGUGUGGAGAGCGCAGACCUCUUGGCCUUUCCAGCCUACCUGCUGGGCAUAGACAGUGGGAGGCUGCAAGAGAAGCUGACCAGUCGAAAGAUGGACAGCAAAUGGGGUGGACGCAGUGAGUCCAUUGAUGUGACCCUCAAUGUGGAGCAGGCGGCCUACACUCGUGAUGCACUGGCCAAGGGGCUCUAUGCCCGCCUCUUCGACUUCCUGGUGGAGGCCAUCAACCGUGCCAUGCAGAAGCCUCAGGAAGAGUACAGCAUCGGUGUCCUUGACAUCUACGGCUUUGAGAUCUUCCAGAAAAAUGGCUUUGAGCAGUUCUGCAUCAACUUCGUCAAUGAGAAAUUACAGCAGAUUUUUAUUGAGCUCACCCUGAAGGCGGAACAGGAGGAGUAUGUGCAAGAGGGCAUCCGCUGGACCCCCAUCGAGUACUUCAACAACAAAGUCGUGUGUGACCUCAUCGAGAACAAGCUGAACCCACCAGGCAUCAUGAGCGUGCUAGACGACGUGUGCGCCACGAUGCAUGCAACUGGCGGUGGCGCGGACCAGACACUGCUACAAAAGCUGCAAGCUGCAGUGGGGACCCACGAGCACUUCAACAGCUGGAGCGCGGGUUUCGUCAUCCAUCACUACGCAGGCAAAGUCUCCUAUGACGUCAGUGGCUUCUGUGAGAGGAACCGAGAUGUCCUGUUCUCCGACCUUAUAGAACUGAUGCAGUCCAGUGACCAAGCCUUCCUACGGAUGCUCUUUCCUGAGAAGCUAGACACAGACAAGAAGGGCCGCCCCAGUACUGCUGGGUCCAAGAUCAAGAAACAAGCCAAUGACCUGGUGUCCACGCUGAAGAAGUGCACACCCCACUAUAUCCGCUGCAUCAAACCCAAUGAGACCAAGCGGCCCCGGGACUGGGAGGAGAGCAGGGUGAAGCACCAAGUGGAGUACCUGGGCCUACGGGAGAACAUCCGGGUGCGCAGGGCAGGCUUUGCCUACCGUCGGCAGUUCUCCAAGUUCCUGCAGAGGUACGCCAUUCUGACCCCUGAGACAUGGCCACGGUGGCGUGGAGAUGAACGCCAGGGUGUCCAGCACCUGCUUCGUGCUGUCAACAUGGAGCCAGACCAGUACCAGAUGGGGAGUACCAAGGUCUUUGUUAAGAACCCGGAGUCGCUUUUCCUCCUGGAAGAAAUGCGAGAGAGGAAGUUUGAUGGCUUCGCCCGUACCAUCCAGAAAGCCUGGCGGCGCCACAUAGCAGUCCGAAAGUAUGAGGAGAUGCGGGAAGAAGCUUCCAACAUCUUACUGAACAAGAAGGAACGCAGGCGAAACAGCAUUAACCGGAAUUUUGUCGGGGACUAUCUGGGGCUGGAGGAGCGGCCUGAGUUGCGCCAGUUCCUGGCCAAAAGGGAACGAGUGGACUUUGCUGACUCAGUCACCAAGUAUGACCGCCGUUUCAAGCCCAUCAAACGGGACUUGAUCCUGACCCCCAAGUGUGUGUACGUGAUUGGGAGAGAGAAGGUCAAAAAGGGACCAGAGAAAGGUCUGGUUCGUGAAGUCCUGAAGAAGAAAUUGGAGAUCCAGGCCCUUCGAGGGGUGUCCCUCAGCACCAGACAGGAUGACUUCUUCAUCCUUCAAGAAGACGCUGCCGACAGUUUCUUAGAAAGUAUCUUCAAGACAGAAUUCGUCAGCCUUCUGUGCAAGCGCUUUGAAGAGGCAGCGCGCAGGCCCCUGCCCCUCACCUUCAGCGACACACUACAGUUCCGGGUGAAGAAGGAAGGCUGGGGCGGAGGCAGUACCCGCAACGUCACCUUCUCCCGCGGGAUAGGUGACUUGGCUAUGCUCAAAGCUGGGGGCCGAGUUCUCACUGUCAGCAUUGGGGACGGUCUGCCUAAGAGCACCAAGCCUACGCGGAAGGGGUUAGCCCAGGGAAGACCUCGAAGGUCAGCGCAGGCCCCCACUCGAGCAGCUCCUGGGCCCCCCAGAGGCAUGAAUCGAAAUGGGGUACCACCUUCUUCCCGGGCGGGGCCCUUACCCAUGGAGAUCACAUCUGGAAGGAGUUCCCAGAGGCCUCCCAGGGGCCCUCCAUCCUCAACCUUAGGAGCCAGCAGACGUCCCCGGGCACGGCCACCUUCAGAACACAACACAGAAUUCCUCAAUGUGCCUGACCAGGGUGUGGCAGGCAUGCAAAGGAAGCGGAGCAUAGGGCAGAGACCUGUGCCAGGUGUGGGCCGGCCCAAGCCCCAACCACGCAUCCAUGGCCCAAGGUGCCGGGCACUGUACCAGUACAUAGGCCAAGAUGUGGACGAGCUGAGCUUCAAUGUGAAUGAAGUAAUCGAGAUCCUCAUGGAAGAUCCCUCUGGCUGGUGGAAGGGCCGACUCCAUGGCCAGGAAGGUCUCUUCCCAGGAAACUAUGUGGAGAAGAUCUGACUAUCCACCCACCAGUCUGCCUGCUUGCCUACUAGGGAGCCAAGCCCUGCCGGUGGGAGCUUUGAUUUCCCUGGCUGCACUGGCCGGAAUGCUCAGGCCUGUGGCCUCCAGCCCAGUGAGGGCCCUGUAUGUGGAGGAUCACCACCGUCACACCCCACGCCUGGUGCUGGCCUCCCAUGGGUUGAAUCGCUGUCCAAGUCUCUGUUUUAUUGUGUGUCCGAUAGGAUUUGCUGCAGAACCUACCUCCCAACUGCCUUGUGUGUGUGAAAUGAUUCGUGUCCUGCCCUGAGCGCCAAGUGCUGUGCACAGUCCAGGGCCAGGGGACUUUGACAGUCGGGCUCUCCACCUUUCUCUCAUCACUGAGGCAAAUAAACAUGUCAGGUGAAAGCAAGGACAAAAUUACUGAGUUCUGGGUCUGGGGAUGUGGCUUAGUUGGUA